AUGCAUAAUGUCACAUCAGAAUUUCUUCUCUGGGAAUUCUCAAAAAUUUGGGAACUACAACUUAUGUACAUAGUUUCAUUAUUGCUGUUAUAUGUAGUGACAAUAACUGAGAACCUUCUCAUCAUCACUGCUAUUGUAUGGGACCAUCAUCUUCAUACCCCUAUGUACUUCUUCCUGAUAAAUCUACCAUUACAGGAUAUUGCUUCAGUUUCAGUCAUUAUCCCAAAAGUUUUCUUAAAUUUUCUUAUGAAUGUAAGGACUAUUUCUUAUUCUGGAUGUAUUGCCCAGGUCCUGUUUUUUUUCUUUUUCCUGGGCUCUGAUAUUCCCCUUCUUACUGUCAUGGCUUAUGAUCGGUAUAUUGCCAUUUGUAAACCUUUGCAAUAUGAAAUGAUAAUGAACAGAAAGGUUUGCACCAAAAUGGUUGGCACAGUAUGGAUAGACAGCCUUCUCAAUGCUUCAUUACACACUAAUUUCACUUUUAUUACUCCUUUAUGCUCUAAUAUUGUUAAUCAGUUCUAUUGUGAAGUUCCAUAUUUACUUAAGAUUGCUUGUUUUAGUUCAUAUGUAUCUGAAAUUGGAGUUAUAAUUUUCAGUGCAACAUUAAGAGGUACCUGUUUUGUUUUUCUCAUUGUCACUUAUGUACAUGCCUUCUCUGCUGUUCUGAGAAUUCCUUCUGUUGAAGGAAGGAAAAAGGCUUUCUCUACUUGCUUACCACAUAUCAUUGUCUUCUUUGUAUUUGUUUUCACUGCUUCCUUUGCUUACCUAAAACCUAUAUCAGACAGUCCAUUAUUCCUUGACUUCAUAAUAACAAUAACAUAUUCUAUUGUUCCAUCUAUGUUGAAUCCAGUAAUUUAUAGUCUGAGAAUCAAAGACAUCAAAGUUACUCUUUCAAGACUUUUUGGUCAAAAGUUAUUAUUUUUUAAAGAAGAAUGA